GAGAGAGAGAGAAAGCUUGAACAGCUGAUCGCUGAGGUUGAAGGAACAUGUGAGCGGUGCAUAGAGCCCCUGGAGAGCUGCAGAGGUUGAAAUACACAGUGCAGGAGACCGGGGAGCAUGAGGAGGGGAAGCCACUGUAAAGUUUAAACAGGGGCUAGCAGGAAUUCCAGCAUCUAGCAGCUAUGUGCUUCGAGUAGCUGAGCAGGAGGACACAUUCUUGAUCAUGUGGCGUUGCAGGAGCUGCUGAUUGUUGAGAGCGUGGAUUGGAAGCUCCCAGUACAUGGAGAGAUAAGAGAUUACCCCCUCCCCCGUGCGUGUCUCUCCCUCUCUCUCUCUCACACACACACAGGCUCUCUGACUGACCUCCAGUUUAUCCUGCGCUUGUGUCCCUUCAUCCUGUGCCGAGCACCGAGACAUGUUUGACACUGAAUGUGAGAGCUGGGAAGAGGGAGAAUAUGGAGAAGUCGAGUAGUGAGGAGUUUUCUAUCCACCGAAGCCCCUCUGUGGAGAGCAGAGACUCGGAGGUUGGAAAAGCCUCCACGUCUGGACAGCAGUUUGGUCGUGGAUUUACGGCUGGGGCUUUCUAUGGCAACUCCGGCAGCCGCUGCAAGGAGCCGGCGGGACCCGGUGUCAACAGGGGCAAAUACACCGCCCCUAAAGGCAGCAAGUAUGUGGUGUUUUACCUCGACCUGUCCUUUGUUUUUCUCCUAGAAUUCCAAAAGUGCAACAUGGCAAGAGGCUGUUUGUGUUGUCUGAAGUACUUGAUGUUUCUUUUCAACCUGAUCUUUUGGCUCUGUGGCUGUGGACUCCUAGGAGUGGGAAUAUGGCUGUCAGCUACACAAGGCAGCUUCGCCACCUUAGCACCGAGUCUGCCUUCGCUCUCAGCUGCCAACCUGCUCAUUGCCAUUGGGACCAUUGUGAUGGUGGUCGGAUUUCUGGGGUGUCUCGGUGCCAUCAAGGAAAGCAAGUGCCUCCUUUUAAGUUUUUUCAUUGUCCUGCUGAUCAUUUUCUUUAUGGAGCUGAUCCUCGUCAUUUUGUUCUUCGUGUACAGGACAGAGGUAGCAGAGUAUGCACGUGGGGAUCUGAAGUUGGGCCUGAGACUAUACGAAUCAGAGGGAAAUAUUGGACUGACUAACGCAUGGAACAUCAUUCAGACAGAGUAUGAGUGCUGCGGUGUUGACAAUGCAACAGAUUGGCAUAACAUACUGGGUGGUAACAAAGUCCCUGAUUCCUGCUGUCAGGAAUACAGCAGAGGGUGUGGAGAGGUCAAUCCCAGCAAGUGGUUUGUGCAGGGUUGCUAUGACACGAUUGAGACGUUCCUUGAGAAGCAAACAGCUGUGAUUGGCUCGAUAGUGAUGUCCAUUGUGGUGAUUCAGAUCCUUGGAAUGGCUUUCUCAAUGACGUUGUUCCAUCAGAUCUCCAGAACUGGUAAAAAAUACAAAGCCUAAUCUUGGUUGGAUGAUGAUUCGAUGCCCUCACAAUAUCGCGAAGCAUUCUUCAGAAGCUCGGAGCUUUGUCUGCCAGGCACAGUUCUAGUCAUCCUCUGCACUGGGAAACCUGCUCCGAUGGCUCCUUAAACUUUUGCCAAAGAAUUAUAAAGCGCUAAACACCGUCAGCUUCUCUCUGGCAACUCUGCUCACCCAUCUCUCCACUUUGUCCCCUACUCUCCUACUCCGAAAGAUGUAGUGCUGAUUCAGAACCUCCGUUCUUCAUCACAAAAGAGCAGACAAGUACAAAACUCCAUGUUGAACAGGCCACAGCUCUGUUGGUACAGGAAUGUCACUUUGAAAAGGAUUCCAAAGUUAUUCCCACGUGUCGGAGCACAGACAGCAGUUUUGUUGCCCCGAUCUCUGGCUUGACACCUGGAAAGUUGAUUUUUAACCAUUUCAUUCUUUGUGUGGGAAAGUUUUACUGACGUCUGUCUUGAGUUGCAUUAGGAGGUCACUUGUCUAUAUCGGUCUGCAAGGGAAGGGGGAGUUUCUCAGGACUUUGCUCAUCUGUCUGAACUGUUCACUUGGCAAACAGUGCUCCCCCAGUGACAGUGACACUCCACAAGAUAGCAGUCAGAAGAAUUUAUAUCCUUCAUGCAGGUACCUUUUUUUAUAAAACAGGGAUUCUGUAAGUCAGGGUUGACUGUCAGUACUUGCCUGGUGCAGCUCACUACUAACCAACAGAUGCCAUCUGAGGGGCUAAUAUUUCUCAGCAACCUCUCUGAGGUGUAACAGAAAACAAUGACCUAGUCCCUGUGUUGCUGAAACUCACCCUGAACUGCUCAACACAAGCUAUAGUGAGGAAGCUGCUGAGAGGGUAUUGCUGCUUUAGUUCAUGAGCCAGAGUUGAGGUCUGACCAUCAGCAUGUAUUCACUUACUCUUUGCAAAUACAAAUGGAACUUUUUUUUAAUGUAGUUUAGGAAUUGUAUCUUUUAAGUAAAUAAUGGAGCAUUUUUUUGUACUGUUUGUACUGUUUUAUAUGGGCUCUUUCUGCUUUAAUGUCACUGCACAAACCACUGUGUGAUCUUUAAAAGCCAAAAAUGCUCAGUGAUGAUAUCUCGUUUGUUGUGAGGACAUUUGCACAGACUAAAGGGCCGAGAUCUGUGUCGAAGGAAGAGCAGAAAUUCGGCAGAUGUUGGGGAUAGCCAAGACUACCCAGCAAUAGGAAAGAUAGUUAAUGUUUUCAGUCAAUGACCUUUCAUCUGAACUGGGAAGAGUUUACAAAGGAACAAGAUUGAACUGGGUGAAAAAAUAGGAAAAGUUUGGGAUGGACUGGAAGACAGCAGCGGUUAAAGCAGCAACAUGUUUCAAAGCCAGAAGGAAUGGUGAUGUGGAAAAUAAUGGGAAAGUUCUGUUUCUCUCCUUGUCACAUUGCAAUUCCCUUUGGAAUCCCAUCCCCUUAUCAUUCAGGCUUGUCGGUUUUGUACCCCUUCCCUUCUGUUCAUGUUCCAUUCCCAUUCCCCCAAAUUCACCCCAACAUUUUCACCUUCAAUCAUUUAUAACUUUUCCCGUUCUGAUGAAAAGUCAGCUUGUUUAUCGGUUUUGUUUGGAAAGUUGAUGAAGAUUGAGAGUGAAGAGAAUGGCUGGAUUUGAAUGGAGCGGCCAUAUUGCAAGCAAUCUGUCAGUGGUUUAGCACACACAUGUCUAACUGGCGAGAAGAACAGUACAUACUCAAUUCAACAGGUGGUCUCUUGGUGGGGUGGCAUGAUGGCUCAGCAGUUAGCACUGCUGCCUUAUAGCAUGCAGGUCCCAGGUUCGAUUCCAGCCUGGGAUGACUGUCUGUGUGGAGUUUGCACAUUCUCCCUGUGUCUGUGUGGGUUUCCUCCGGAUGCUCCAGUUUCCUCCCAUAGUCCAACGUUGUGCAGGUUAACUGAAUUGGCCAUGCUAAAUUGCCCGUACUAUUAGGUACAUUAGUCAGAGGGAAAUGUGUCUGGGUGGGUUGCUCUUUGGAGGGUCGGUUUGGACUGAAGGGGCCUGUUUCCACACUGUAGGGAAUCUAAUCUGUUACUGUUUACGAUGGCAGCAGUUUUUAACUUCCAUCUGUGAAUGAUGGGCCAUUGCAUGGUGCUGCAGUGCACAUAGUUCGCUUGUUACUAAGCUCCUGUCUUGCAGGACUCAAUAUCAGGAACGUGUUGGUACUGUCGUGGUUAUACACAGUGAGAAAUUGAGUUGCUGCUGAUUUUGUGUGUAUGUUUGUGUGGCUACCAAAUUAUUGGGGGAUCUUUGCCGAGGAGCUUGAGAGCUGAAAAGAAUUUUCCAGAACUCAGUAAGACAGGCGUGUUCAUACUAAAAUUUUGAAUCUGGCUGAGGAACAAUAACCUCAGGAGAUAAAGGAUUUAUUUCUGGGUUUUGAAACUGUGACUGCUGCACUGCUAUCCGUCUCACUGGAACUCACUGUUGCAAUCAGGGUUGUCAUUACCACACGUGGAAUCUCUAAGGAUUUGACUCAGUACAUUUCAGACCUCGGCUCCAUCUGUCUUUAUUAAAUAGAAGUGCAGGCUGGAGUAGAAUGCAAGUGGCAAGGUCUUUACCUCAGGAAAUAUUUAACCAAAAGCGAAUGAAAACCAACCAUCCAAUGUUAGAGCUAAAACAGUUCCUGUUAAUAGAAAUUCUCCAUAGGAAGGAGAACAUGCAAAUUUUAAUUAAUUUUUUUUUUGGGAACAGAAAUAGAUAUUUUAUACAUAGGAUUAUUUAUUUCUCUCUCAUCCUGUCCUUUUCUCUUAUCCCCAUCCUCAACUCCCACCUUCCCUCUAUCCUCCUUGUCCUGAAUUCUUUAUUAUGUUCAGUUACAGGUCAGCAGUGGUUAGUGUUACACUGUGUUAAUUAGCAGUUAGUGUUCGACUGUUAGUUACAGCACAGUCACAGCUAGUGCUACACUGUGUCAGAUACAGGUCAGUAACAGUGUUUCACUGCAUUAAUUACAAAUCAGUAACAGUGCUUUACUGUGUUAGUUACAGGUCAGUAACAGUUAGUGUUAGACUGUUAGUUACAGGCCGGUCACAGUUAGUGCUACACUGUGUUAGUUACAGGUCAGUAACAGUGCUACAUUGUUAAUUACAGAUCAGUAGCAGUUAGUGUUUCACUGCAUUAAAUAUAGGUCAGUAGCAGUUAAUGUUACAUAGUGUUAGUUACAGGUUAGUAUGAGCUAGUGUUGCACUGUUUUAUUUAGCAGUCUGUACCAGUCAAUAUUGUUUUACUGCAUCUGUUGCACAUCAGUAGCAGUCGAUAAUAUGUUUUACAUGUUGCUUCUAUCACCUUUAGCUUCUUUGCCUUGGAUCUCUUCAAUGUAAAGUGUAGAGAGUACAGCAAUGUUUAAUGGUAUGACUUUACCCAAUUGUCUUUGAGCUCAUAUAUAAUACUUCGUUGAAGUAGAAAGGGAGGGAUGGGGGUCAGUGUUUGCUGGUAAAAGGGACCAUAACGUUUUUUAGUGAUGUGAGUUCAGAAUAAUGCUGAGGUUAAGGGAGGUUGAUCUGGGUGGAGGAACAGACUCUGACACUGACCCUGUCCGCUGUUAAGUUACAUUGUUUUAACACAUAGAGAGUAGUGAGGGUGCAAAAAUAUAAACACAGACACUUGAACUUAAUGGACUGCUGUUUGUCUUCAUGGUGAUCAUUUUAGUGGACUGGGUAAAACAGAGCUUAAAAUACCAGAGACAUCACUGGUCAGCUCAUGAGCUUCAAAGAUCACACAGUUUUUCUCCCCCCCUGCUUUUAUUCCUUUAUAAACAUAGCUGAUUUUUAAUCAGUUUUCACCCUGUGCUUUGCAAUACUUUCCUUCCCCUUACUGAACAUGACAUGGCUUUUGACAUCAGUGAUUUAUUUACAGCAUGCUUUGAAUCCAUUCAUAAUCUAGAAAUGUUAAUGAGCAUUGUAAGAAUAUAUGAAAAUGCUAAGUUUAUUUAUGUAUAGCAUUUAGAUACGGAUUAACAAUCUUUUC